CUGACGUGGUGUCCGUUGGUUUUAAAAAGAGAACACCCCUCACUUCGCUCUUCAAACUAUUUUUUCAGGAAGUUGGAGAUAUAUAUUCCGCAUCAGGAAGUUGCAGAUAUAUAUUGCGCAUUAUAUGGAUAAACUAUCCGAGGGAUGACGCGCUGUUUCGUUGCUUGUGGCGUUUCGGUUGUGUGCAGUCUGUAGCUAAGCUGCAACAGCUGAGACGAGGCAGUGUACGUGCGUUGCUCCAACCCACAGUUUGGCUUUCAUCAUACCAGGAUUAAAGAACAAACAAGCGGCUUUCCUCAACUGUACGUUGGGGUUGGAUUUCUCCUUGUUCAGAGGUGCCAGGACCGCUGGUGCGCAAACUCUCGAGAAUGGAGACCGUUAGUAACAACCAUCAGGUGGCAGCAAAGGGUUUAUCGGUUGACAGUGAGUUGACUCUUGAGCCACUGAUAACGUGCAAGCUCUGCCUUUGUGAAUAUGCUCCUGACAGAAUGACCACUCUGGAACAGUGUAGCUGUGUCUUCUGUACCCUGUGCUUGACACAGUAUGUAGAACUAUUGAUCAGAGAAGGUUGUGGAACUACAAUCACAUGUCCAGAGCUGGAUUGCCCUAAAAAUGGUGUCUUACAGGAUGCAGAGAUUGCUUGUUUGGUUCCAGCUGAUCUGCUUCAGCUGUACCAGCAACUGAAAUUUGAACGAGAAAUCCAUCUGGAUCCCUCCAGGACAAGGUGCCCCAGAGUUCAAUGUCAGGCGGUAUGCCACAUUGACGCAGGUGACUCUCACCAGGCAGCACCAGUUCAGUGCCCUUCCUGUUGCACACAGUUCUGCUCCAUCUGCAAAGCCAGUUGGCAUCCAGGACAAGAUUGUCAAAAGAGCCAGCCUUUCAUGCUUUCAAAAGGAUCUGAUGAUGGUUUUCUCAUCAGCCAUGACACAGAAGCUCCCAUCAAACAGUGUCCUUUAUGUCAUAUCCUGAUCGAACGAAAUGAAGGCUGUGCCCAAAUGAUGUGCAAAAAUUGCAAGCAUACCUUUUGCUGGUACUGCCUUCACAAUCUGGAUAAUGAUAUUUUCCUGAGGCAUUAUGACAAAGGACCAUGCCGCAAUAAGCUUGGCCACUCCAGGGCUUCAGUCAUUUGGAACAGAACCCAGGUUGUAGGGAUCCUGUUUGGAUUAGGUCUGAUUGUACUGGUCACAUCUCCACUUCUCCUUCUGGCCUCACCCUGCAUCCUCUGCUGCGUCUGCAAGUCCUGCAGGAGCAAGAAGAAACACAACCGUCCGCCUUCCACUUAAGCUGGAAAAGCUGCCUGAUCCCGUCUUCCUCUGGUGGCAAACUACCUCACUUCACCUGCUUGUGGCUGCUGGGUCAGUGCCAUGCAGGGAUGUUUUAUAGAGGAUUAGUCAGGACAGAGGUGAGGGUUGCUUAGCAUAUAGUAACUGAAUCAAGUAAGCAAAAUGGAUUUAGUGGAUGCAUUUUGGCAAUAUUGUCCAAACUAUCUUUAAAAUCCAAACUUUUACAGCCUCUGUUGUUCAUAAUCUGAAAAUUGUAUGUUUUCAGCUGUUUAUUAGAUGUUUUUGUGUGAGAUUUUCACCAUUAGACCAACUGCCUAUCCACCAUAUCUGUUAUGAUUUGGCCUGACCACUUAGGGAUAGAAUAAAGUUUAGAAUUACAGUUUCAUUAGUUCCCAUGAAACUAUGUUGUUCGUGCCUACAUCUUGUUAUUCUGCUUUUAAGGGAGCCUUGGGCUCUUUCUGGCAUUUUGAGGUUUAAAGGUAUUGUGUAUGAGAUGAGGAACUGCAAUUUCUUACUACUUAGCCCACAUUCUGAUACCUGUUCCUCUGGAGUGUUGUUUAGGUUUCACUUUUUCCAUUUGGUAUUGCAAAUUAUAGCCUGGUACAAUCAAAAGGAUUAAGUUGCACGAUAGGGUGAUAAAUUUAGUUCUGUUUUAUGCUCUAUCAAAGAGGCCAUAGGAAUGUGGCACAAGGCGGUUCUCUUUGUUGCAACACUUGUGGUCUACAAGGUGUGGAAGGUGAGGCAGAAACUAUUUAUAUGGAAACAUGGAUUUUAAAGGAAAAUGCACAAUGUCUUAAAUUGGGCUAGAGUAUUUACAUCAUGCUGCCAAAUUAAGGUAACUGCAUAUGGUAAGCAGAAAUUCAUAUCAGCUAACAAUGGUAUCCUGGAAAUGCUUGACAGAUCAAUGGGGAGGAGGAGGGGAAGAGAGAAUUAAAACUUUAGAUUAGUUGUAUUUUGGGAUUUUGAUCAAUGAAAGUUUCAUUGACCUGAAAUGGUUAAUUAUUUCAUUCUCUGAGUGUUUUCUGCUUUUAUGUCUGAUUUUCAGCAUUUUCACUAUUUUACUUGCAACAUUUGUGUUGAGAAUGCCAUCUUUAGAAAAAUGGGCUAUCUUUUAGGAAUUUUACAAUAUUCAUAUAGUCCCUGGUUUUAGCGGCAGCUGACGCUGGAUUUUGAUUGGUGUUUAAUUCAUGACAUGGAGUUUUACAGCAUAGAACAGAUCUUCAUGGCAAUUGCUUUCUGUAGGAUCUAUUCACUCUUUCCCAUCUCCCUUUCCCUAAGGAGGAAGGAUAAAUAUUGCACAUUCCACUUCAGGAUUUCUUUUAGGUAAUGGGUUCACAUCCUAUUGACACCUUUUACAUAUUAAUUUAUUUUGUUAAUAAAUAUUUCCCCAUCUUAUUAAUUUAAUUUCCCCAAUGUUAUGAUUUGUAGAAUUCUCUCCCUUCCAGACUUCCAGACUUCACCUUUUUUUGUCCAGGAACUUCCAAAUCUCUGCACCCCUUUUGGAGUUCUCCAUUCAGCUCUAGAUUCUUUGUGCAUUCCCCCAAAUUUUGCUUAGUAUAUGUGGCUGCAAAGAGAGCUGUAUAGUUCCCAAGUUAUGAAAUUUCCUCCCCAAACAUCUUUAUUUCAUGUUCUCACUGCUCUUUCCUUUUUGAUGUGACUUGAUGUUUAACUCUGACUAGAAGCACAUGAUCUGAUGUCUCGGUUCACAAUUUUUGUCUGAAGUGCCUGUGAGACCCCAUAACAUUGACAACACAAAGGACUGGUGUUAGGCAUGAAAAAUGUGUCCCUCUACUCUCAUCUCGUGCAUAAUUAAAGCCUCCCUUCCCUCUAAUCAUCUAAUUAAUCUCUUUGCUUCAGCUAUUAAACCUUGACAACUCUAUUUUAAAUCUACCAUUCUUUUAAUCGUACUGUAAUAAUUUGUUCAUUUAGCCAUUAACAGUUCCUAACAAAUUCCUGUGUUUAUUUUUUAAAAAGGACUUCUUUCUUUUAGAAUCUUAUUUGCUUCCAUAUAGAAACAUAAUUUAUAUUGAACACUUUCAAAAAGUGUGUAGGAGUCUACUGUUUAGAGUUGGUCUCGACUAGUCACUAACUUAUUUGCAACAGUAGAGUUGUAAGAAUAAGACUGAUUGAAGGUGAGAUUUUAGAGGGAGAAAAAUGUGAACAUUAUUGCAACCCUACACAAUAUUCAUUGACACUAAAAUUAAUUCCACUGACAGGGAGUUGAUUCAAAAAAUAAAAGGAAUAAAAUGGUCCCUGAAGUAAUCUUUCCAAAGUACAGAGCAUAGAGAUAACUAGAGACUGAAGAUUUCACCUACCUUGCAGUGACAGCAGCUGUCACAGUGAGCUGAAGCAACCUGCGAUAUGAAACAAUACUCUCUGAGGGAAAAGUUAUCCUAAUCUGGAAAUCUGUGAUGUCCUGUUUGUGUUUGAAUCUACCAAUUUUCAGCCUUGUUUACUGGCAAGACUUUUGAGAACAACUAUGCUUCAAUAAUGAUCCUGUGAAAAAGAUGAAAAGAUCUGCCAUAGGCAAGAGGGAAUCAUAAGGAAGUCUCAAAGUUCCUUUAUCUAUACUGACAAAUGUUGGCUUUCUUUGUGCACAGAUAAAGGUUUUGAAUCUUUUUUAUAUAGUAAUAACUUUAGAUCAUGCUAUAAUGACAGAUUCUGUCCCAGCAUGACAUUAAAUGUUAAAAUCAGCCAAGUACUUGUAGAAAAUUUGCAUAGUAAAAUAAAAAAUGGGUAGAUGGUGAAUAAGCCAUUUAAGGAUAACUUUUAAAAUGAUUGUGUUCUGUAUGCAGAGCUUUGGGCAGUGGGAAUAUUUAGGAAAAGCUUCUUUGAACACACUCUCUAGUGACAAAAGUAAAGUUCUGCCUUUGGUCAGAAUUGUGCCAGAGUUAUCUCACCAAUGCUUAGAACAGUAAUAUUGCAAAAUUUGAUAAUGACUGAUCAUUUGUUUUUAGGCAAGAGUCCAUUUUUUUUUUGCCUGAUAACCUUCCAAUGAACUCUAGGUGCUUACAGGCUGCUCUAUCGGUGUACCCCUUCCUUUGUAGGUAUCGUCCUACUUGCAGGGAAAGUGAGGGAAAGUGUUCAUAAACCACCAAUAACACUGUCCUAAAGCACUUUGAAACCAGCUAUUCAGUUCCAAAAUGUAGUUAUUGUGGGAAAAAUAGCAGCCACUUUAUGCCAGCAGCAUUGUAACAAGAUGUAGGUCUGUUGAUGGGUAAACAAUGCCCAUACUCCCAGACCUUCCAUUUGAAAAAGGAAAUCUUGAUGGACAGUUGUUGUGAUACAGCCCAUAGCAGUACAGGAAUCUGUACUGCAUUGGAAUGUCAGCCGAGGCGGUGCACUAACAUUCCUGGAAUAGGGCUUGAGCACGUGACGUUCCAACAGACAUAUUAAUUUUGCAAAAAUAUAUACUGUUUUAAAAGUGUCACACUUGCCUCUGAAUCUGAAUGUUAUGGGUUCUGGGUUACACAGUAAUUUUAACAGUGAUGUUUUAUCUCUUGUAUUUAAGAUUUUGCAUAUCAGAUGUUGUGCAUUGACAAGGCUGCCUGUGCUGGAGUCCUGAGCACUAUCUCUACAAUUAGACACUAGUUGUCAAGGUAGUCAGAUGAAGACUUAGUGCAUUAAUAUUACAUUACAUGAAGACUUUAUACCUAAAUGUCAUAAUGUUAAACAAACAAGCGACGUUCAGCUUUGCAGGGACGGAACAACUUGCUUUUCUAAAUCAAUGGCCUCACAGAUUUGAAUCUGAAUAGUUUUCGGGUCAAUGAUGCUCAGCCCUCCAGCACCAGAGGUAGUCAUUUCAAGGGCCAGUGAUAAACAAGGUACUGAUCAGCUGUUAACUGAGAGCUUAUGUUAGGAUGUUUCGUUUCUUACAGAGAGCUAUUGAUCUCUGGAGAGAACAGGGUGGAAAGUUGGCUGAAACAAGAUUGCUGGACUCAUUUAAGAAACAUCCAUACUCUGUAGUCCAGAAUAAUGAAAUCCACUGAGCAGAGUGGCAUUCUAUAGGGUGAUAGACACUGAAGAGUGAGACUGAGAUGUAGGGGAUUCAGGAAGCAGCCUGGCUGUGGCAAUAAAAUUUGAGUAUUGUAUUGUCGUGGUUCAAAUCUCAAAUGCUACAUGCUUGAAGCACUCUAUAGCCUGCAUUGCUUCUUACAAGGUACAUAACUGAAGGGGGUUUACUUUGUAUUCCACAUGUUACUAAAUAUCAUUGUGGCAGAAGACAACUCCAUGAGUUGACCUGACUAGAUGGAGUUUAUUUUAACCAUAUUGGGGAAUUUCAGAAACUGAUGAUUUGGGUUGGGAGAGUUUAUAGGAGUUCUUUUAAAAAAAGAAAACAAAAUAGCAAGCUCAAGAAAAUGCACAAUUAGGAUGGGUCACAACCCUCUUCUGGAAUGUGGGUGGAUCAUUUUAAAAUAAAGAUUAAAAUAUUUAAGUUUGUUCUAGUUGGUUAAGUUUUGGAAAGCCCAGGUCCUGAAGGAGGUGACAACUGCAGAGGUAGGUGGGUCCUUGCACCUGAAUUUUCUGACCUCAAAGUGUCUCUGUCUCUACCCCCCGCCCCCCAACCUCAGGGUCAUGGAGACGGAGUACUUGUGCUUUGUGAUUCCAUUCAUCCCUUCAUGCCUGUCCUGUUCUUUUUUCAGAUCGUUGUACCUCACUAUUCUGUUCUUGUUCCAGUUGCACUAUGGCAGACUCCUUGUCAUUGUUGCAUGGGGUGUGUCUGUCAUAUUUGUGAUAUUUGGUUUCUUUCACAUAGCAGAACAGAGCAAAGCAGGGCUUUGGAGAUCGGGCCAGACAAUUUCAGUCUAAACAGCCUGGUCCCUAAUUUUAGAUCUAAUUUCAUUGCUAUGUACAUCAAUAGCACUUUUAUCAGUUUAAUCAGACUCAACAUAAUUUUGUACUUUGAGUCCAACAUCCUAUUUGAUAUAAUUGUCAAGGGUGCCAUUAAUGGGCUAUUAUUACUGAAGGGAGAAGUGGGGGGACAUUUAUGGGCUAUCACUACCUGGGAGUGUAAUAGUCAGCUGCCAUUUUAAUCUGCUACAGUCCUUUUGGUGAAAGAACUCAUAGCUCAGGGAAGUGAUGAGAUCCAGAAUUUAAAGCCAUUGACAAUGAUGGUACUUACUCAAAUGAGGAAGAUCUGCAAUUGGGAGGGAACAUAGAAGAACAAGAUCGCAAUUGUGUUGGAGCUCACUGAUCCAGAUAUUUGUUCCUUUCCAUCUGAGGGGUGUAGACAUGAAUGAAGUUCAUGGUAGGCUAAGCUUUUAUAUGUCAAAAUGUUGUUGAAAUGUGGUGAUGGUUGUAGGGUGGGGUGAGGUGAAAGGAAUGUCUGUACAUUGGACCCCAAGUUUGUGUUGCACUUUGUUUUAUAGGUUAUUUUCACCCCCUCCCCAUCCCACCACGCACACGAAAAUCAGGCUAGGGACCUAUAAGGGGAGAGUGGGCAGAAUGUGAUAGCGCAGGUCUGGAGCAGUGCCCUUUGAAAAAAUUGCUUUGUGAACCAAGUGGUUGUCGUUGUCCAAGAAUAUGAAAAGCAAGUUUAUGAAUUGUUUGAAGACAAAAAAAAGCCCACACUUUAUUCUGGCAAUGGGUAUUAAAUACCGUUGGCUUUACCUGCGGGGAUAUCUAACAUCCAAAGAAUCCUGUGACUGUUGUGGAGUUUAUAGUUCUAGAUGCUUUCCUGAGGUUCCACCAGGAUAUUGCAGUUUAACAGCCAAUUCAAGCCGCCUUCCUUCCCCGUGUCCCAUAUCUUCCAACUGAAUGGAGAGAAAGAACUGGUUAAUAAAAAUGAGGGGGAGGCAGCAAAAGUCACAACCUUUCCAAAGUUCCAGUGAUUUUAUUAUUUCCACGGGUGUUGUUCACAGCAGUAAAUGUAGCAAUUUGUGGGCUGUUCCCGAGGAUUGGCAAACUCAGCUGCAGCUGCAUCCUCUAAUAAACUGAACAACACUUACAGCUGCCGUACGCUUCCCUCGGCAACUUCAAUACCAUGCCUGUAUGUUUCUAUCGGGGGAAAAAAAUCACGAGAACAAUAUUACAAAUCUAUGCACCUUACAAAUACAGAUAAAUAUAAAGCUCUAUGUAAUUGUGCCAUAUUGCUGAAUAAUGUUAAAAGUUUGUAAGAAAAACUUAGUUUUGAAGCUUAUGUAUAUUUUGUUAGA